GUGCAGGCAGGAUAGCUGCAGCCAGAAGCAGUCGAUGUUUGUCUGAGCUCGGUGUGUUGUUGCAGCGUCAUCAUCGUGAGGAGCUGUUUGAAUGAAGUGAGAGGAGAUACCUGCAAAUCAAAACAAGCAAAUCGGCGAUUAGUAAUAACAAAACGAGAAAAUGCCCACGUUUACAGUAAAUGUGAAAUGGGGGAAAGAGAAGUUUGAUGCCGUGGAGCUGAACACAGAAGAAGUCCCAAUGGUUUUCAAAGCACAGCUGUUUGCCCUGACAGGAGUUCAGCCUGAGAGACAGAAAGUCAUGGUGAAAGGAGGAACGCUGAAGGAUGAAGAGUGGGGAAACAUAAAAAUAAAAAAUGGAAUGACUUUGUUAAUGAUGGGCUCUGCAGAGGCUCUGCCUGAAGAACCUGUAGUUCGGCCAGUCUUUGUUGAAGACAUGACAGAAGAACAGCUAGCAUCAGCGAUGGAGAUGCCCAGUGGACUGACAAACUUAGGAAAUACUUGCUACAUGAAUGCUACUGUCCAGUGUCUGCGCUCUGUGCCAGAACUCAAAGAAUCCCUAAAGAGGUAUUCAGGUUCUUUGAGAGGUUCAGGGGCAAAUGCUUCUUCUCAGUAUAUCACAGCAGCUCUUCGUGACUUGUAUGACUCCAUGGAUAAAACAUCCUCUAGUAUACCACCUAUCAUCCUCCUGCAGUUCAUGCACAUGGCCUUCCCUCAGUUUGCAGAGAAAGGAGAACAAGGACAGUAUCUUCAGCAGGAUGCCAAUGAGUGCUGGGUUCAGAUGAUGAGAGUAUUGCAACAAAAGCUGGAACCAUUGGAGAGUGAGACUCCCAUGGAGACUGAUUCUGGGAAGGCAGAAGAAAGCGGGGCAGCAGCCUGUCCAACCAAGAAGUACUUUAUAGACCAGUUCUUUGGUGUGGAGUUUGAAACCACUAUGAAGUGUGCAGAAGCUGAGGACGAAGAGCCAACGAAAGGGAAGGAGAACCAGCUUCAGCUCAGUUGCUUCAUUAACCAGGAGGUCAAGUACCUCUUCACAGGACUCAAAUUGCGUCUACAGGAAGAAAUCACCAAACUGUCUCCCUCCUUACAACGAAAUGCUUUGUACAUAAAAUCUUCCAGAAUCAGCCGUCUACCCUCCUACAUGACUGUUCAGAUGGUUCGAUUCUUUUACAAAGAGAAGGAGUCUGUGAAUGCUAAAGUCCUCAAGGAUGUGAAAUUCCCCUUAAUGCUCGAUGUUUAUGAGCUCUGUACCACAGAGCUGCAGGAGAAAAUGGUGUCCAUCCGAUCAAAGUUCAAGGAGGUAGAAGACAAACAUAACACGCAGCAGCAAAAGGGAGAUAAGAAAACUGGAACUCCAAAAGAAGUGAAAUACGAGCCAUUUUCAUUUCCCAAUGAUACUGGCUCCAACAACAGCGGAUACUAUGACCUGCAGGCUGUCCUAACACAUCAAGGACGAUCUAGUUCAUCAGGUCAUUAUGUGUCCUGGGUUAAGAGGAAAUCAGAUGAGUGGAUCAAGUUUGACGAUGAUAACGUCAGUGUUGUGUCCCCUGAAGACAUCUUGAAGUUGUCAGGUGGUGGGGAUUGGCAUAUAGCAUACGUCCUAUUGUACGGGCCUCGUCGGCUAGAAAUACUUGAAGAGCAAUAAUUAUUAUUAAAGUAAAAAAAUGCCAUUAGCAAGCACUGUCUGUGUAGAUGUGCAAUAAAUAUUUGUCUUUAAAACUCA